AUGGAUUAAAUAAUUGAAUUAAUAUAAUGGUCAGCCUAACCAGACAAUUAGAUUUAAAAAUAAGUAUAUAGAAGAGCUUAGGAGUUGAGUUAAGACAUUUAAUUUUUAAUUCAUUUAUGUUCUGUGAUAAUUGGAAAUUAUGAACCAGAAAUUAGAUAUAGGGCUGCUGUGAUAUUAAAAAGUGCCAUCAAAAAUUGCGUCGCAUUGCCUGAAUAAUUAUAGCAAAUGUUAGUGCAAGUUGAUUUGAGUGUUCAAAUUAUGAGACAAGCCUUUAUUAUUAUUGUCCCAGAGGUUGUAGUUAGAAAUGGAAUUAAAAAUAGCAAUCUAAUGAUGGAAUAUUUAGUUAAAUUGAUAGACACUGAUCCAGUCAUUGCAACUGAUUGUUUAUCAAAAAUAAUUGAGGAUCUCAAAUUCAAUUCUGAAAACAUAAAUUAUUAUGGAACAGAUUCAGGAUUGCAAUUAAUCGAUCAAUUACUUUUGAAAUUCAUUACCUUAGUUGAACAUUAGAACACAUAGGUGGUUGUAAAUUCAUUAAAUUUUUUAAACUAUAAUAUUUUCUUUAUGCCUCCCUCAUUAAGUCAAUACAUUGAUUGUUACAUUAAAAUUUUGAUUACUGGAACAUAAUCUCCAGAAUAAUAAAUAAGAUUGAAGUGCUUUUAGGGUAUUCAAGCUCUAAUAGAGACUAAACGAGAUAAAAUAAAAUAGAUGAAUUUAGUUAUAAUGGCAUGUGUUUAAUCAUUGUAGGAUUAAGACAAGGAAGUUGUAAGAUUUGUAGAAUUGUGUUUAACUGAUUUUCUAACAAUUGAUGAUGCAGAAGAUUAUGAAUAAACUCAUUUACUUGAGCCCUAUUUACAAAAAAUAUUAUAACCUGUAAUACUAAAUCUAGCAAUCACUAGAGCUGAUUAAAUAGCCAUACAACCCACAUUCUCCAAUGUUUACAGUUAAAGUGGUAAGGCUGAAGAUGAAGAAUAGGAAGAAGAGAAGACUUUAGGUGAAUAUUCAUUGAGAUCAGUGUCGAAUUUGUUGCUCAAAAAAUUAAUUGAAUUUUAUGAUAAAAUUGUUGUUCCAAUUGUCUUAUAAAUUAUUGAUCAAUUGCAAUAAUAAUAAGAUUGGAAACAACAAGAAAUUGCUGUUUUAUGUCUAGGAGUAUUUGCAGAGAAAAUAAUGGAAAAUCAUGGCAAUCUUGUACCCAAUAUUUUAAUGGCUUUGUUUAAUGAAAAGAACCAACAAAAUGAAUAUAUAUAUGCUUCUACAUUAUGGACAUUCUCAUAAUAUAAUGAGUGGAUUAAAACAGUAGCCAUCAACGAGACUUAGUUUAUUUAAUCCUAUCUAAAAUUAUUAUUGAUCUCUAUCGAAAAUUAGUCAAUAAUAGUAAAGGAAUCUGCCUGUUCUGCAUUGAAUUCCUUGUCAAAAGAUGCAUUCUUUAUAUUACAACCCUACUUAUUAGAUUUGUUCUAAGUGUACUUGAAAGCCUUGUCUUAAAAAGGAGGAGUAUUAUUAUACAUUUAUUAAUCAAUAACCACAAUAUUGGCUGAAUGUGAAACUAUUGAGAAUUAAGAAUUAAUAGAUUUAAUAAUGACUAAAUUGAUCAGUAAUUUAGUUGACUUGAAUGACUAUAACAUAUGUCCUCUUUAUGAAUGUUUGGCAGAAGCAGUUGAAAAAUUUGGAUAGAGAGCUAUAAACUAUAUUCCAAUCAUUUAUCAAGCAACUAUAUAAUCAAUGAAUGGUUAUGUUUAAUCAAUAAAGAAUGGGAAGACAAGAUAUUUAUAUUAAUAAAAGGAAAUUCUAAAAAGAUCCUUUGAUUUGUGUAUAAAGAUUAUCAACAUCACAAAAGAAAGAUUCUUAGAGUUAUGUGAUUAAUCGUUUUUGUAAAUUGUUGAUCUUGCAUUGUAAGAUUCAGAAACUGAUGUUAAGCAAUAUGCACUAUCUCUAAUAGGUGAUUUAAUAAAGGAUUGCUAUGCAAUUUUUAAGAAUGUCAAUAUUGCUAUUAUAUUAAAUGAAUACAUCUAUGCUUAGUCAAUCAGUAUUGAUCCUUCUAAACUAUUUUUGGCUACUUCGAAUAAUGCUGCAUGGGCAUUGGGAGAAUUAGCUAUAAAAGAUCCUUCUUAAAUUACAGUGAUUUUUAAUGCAGUAAUGGAGAAACUAAUAAAAAUAAUAAAUGAACCAAAAUUCCCAAAAUCCAUCGCUUAAAAUUUAUGUAUUGCAAUAUGCAGGAUUGCUGGGUCACAUAUUUAGUCAAUUGAAGAAUUCAUUCCUAAUUUCUUUAAGAGAGUUUGCUUGAUUCUUAGCUAAAUAAAGAGUUAAUCGUUAGAUGAAUACAAGGAGGAAUCUUUUAGGAUCUUGAUCAAUAUAGUGAAAAUGUAUCCAGGAAGAGUAAUAAACGAUAUCAAAUAUUUUGUUUAUUGUAUCGUAGCUUCAACAGAGUUUCCUUCAAUUAAGCCUCUUUUUAUUAAUAUAUUAUAAGAAUUGUAAUAGUCAUUUGGCUAACAGAAAUUUGAUAGUAUGUUUAGUAGUGAUGACUUGCCAAAUGGAUUUAGGAUGAAAAUGAUGAAUGUUUAUGGUGUAUGA